AUGGAGUUACCAAGCCACUGUGAGACUGUAGAAGGACCCGGCCACUGUGCGUCUAUGGAGGGACCAAGCCACUGUGAGACUGUAGAAGGACCCGGCCACUGUGCGUCUAUGGAGGGACCAAGCCACUGUGAGAUUGUGGAGGGACCAAGCCAAUGUGAGAUUGUGGAAGGACCACGCCACUGUGAGUCUGUGAAGGAACCAGGCCACUGUGAGUCUGUGAAGGAACCAGGCCACUGUGAGUCUGUGAAGGAACCAGGCCACUGUGAGUCUGUGAAGGAACCAGGCCACUGUGGGUCUGUGAAGGAACCAGGCCACUGUGGGUCUGUGGAGAAGAAUUGA